UUUGAUAAUAUAUUAAAUAGAUAGUAAAUGGUUCUAACCUAAAUUUUCAUGUAAUUUUUAGUGUUAAUUAUAAUUAGUAUAAUGGAUUCAGUGUCUAACAUACUUGGUAUUGAUAAAGUAAAUAUGAAUGGAAAAUUAAUUUUAAUUGAAGAACAGCACGAUAGUAAUGCAAACUUUUUGUUAAACUCUGUUAUAUUUAAUGCAUUAAAAAAUAAUUAUGGAAUAUGUUUUGUUCUAUUCCAUAAUACAAUGAAUCAUUAUCAUAACAUGGGUAUGAAAUUUGGUUAUAAUCUUACAUUAUUAAAAGAAAAAAAUAAGAUUACAAUUAUAGAACCAAUGAAAAUGAUUGCAUUUAAUAUGGAAUAUAUAUAUGAACCAAUAAAAAAUUGUAUAAUUAAUGAUGUAUUUGUAAUUAUUAAAAAUGAAUGUGAUAAAAUGAUGCAAAGCAAUGAAUCUAUACUUAUUAUAAUAGAUGAUUUGAAUCAUAUUUUUAAUUUCGGAACUAAUUUGAGAGAAGCUAUGUAUUAUGUAAGAUAUUUAAGAUCAUUGAUUGAACAGUAUAAUACAGUUCAACUUUGUAUUGUAACACAUACUUAUAAAGAUGAAUUGAAGAACUCUUUUUCUAAUAUAUUCGCACAAACUCUUAAAUAUAUUGCUCAUUUAUUCAUUAGAAUUGAACCUCUUGAAACAGGAUAUUCUAGUGAUAUAUCUGGAAAUCUAAUAAUUAAUUGGAGAAUAGAUAAUAUUAGAAUAAAAUAUAAUUGGCCCCAAAUAUCAAAAUAUAUAUAUAAGUUGUCAGAUCGUCAAGUACAAAUUUAUAUACCUGGUACAUCAACUUUGUUAAGCCCAAUAAAUCAAUUGUAUUUAUACAAGAAGGCAUCGAAGUCCAACAUAUUUCAAAUACGAUUAAUGAAAUCGUUGAACAUGAUGAAGUUCAUAUUUAUCCCAAAUUUAUUCAAUUCAAAGAGGCCAGUGAAGGAAUUACAUGUCAGCAAUCUAUCACUAUUAAGAAUACAGGCAAAAAAUCGGCUUUUGUUAGAAUUUAUCAAACUAAAUCAAUAUCUUUUCAAAUUGAAAGUUUGAAUAAAGGAAUAAUAUUGAAUCCGGGAUUUAGCAUACGUACAAUGAUAACGUAUUCCUUUAAGCGACCAUCUUUGUUACACGUAGUGAUUCCGAUUGAGAUUAAUGGAGAAAUUCUUGACUAUCGUGUUAUUUGUAAAUUAUUAGUCGAAGGUAUUAGUAUUGAACCGAAAUCAAUUGAUUUUGGAAUCGUUGACAUUGGGCAUUCUUCCGGUAUUAAAAUAAUAACUCUCAAAAACGAAGGUGGUAAAAGUACUAGGUAUUAAAGCUUUAUUGUUUAUAUUUAUCAUUCAUUGUUUUUUAUUUUCAUUUCAUAUUAAGUGUUAAGAAAC